GCUAUGCCACCAAACGCUGGAGGAAGUCCGCCAUUGACCAAAGAAGAAGGAAAUAAACGGCGCGCUCGGCGUCUGAAUUUGAAUCACGGAAGGACUCGUUCGCUGCCAGUGACACCACAAUGGCUCAAGGUCAUAAAUUUCAAGACUUGGAGGAGACAGGGGAGGCGUUGGUGGCCCUCAUCAACAGCAGCCAAAUGGAGAAACUGAGACGAAUGAAAGAUGAACAUCGGGUCCUUUUUGACCAGCACAUAGAAACGAAAAGGAUUUUGACACAGAUUUUAAGAGAAGAGGCUCAGAUUGAGGAGAGUGUGGGCCAGAGGCUGCUGAACAUGGAGGAGGAGAAGAAGCAAAGGGAGAGGGAGCUGAAGAGUCUGGAGGAGCAGCUGAGGCAGUGCAUAGCCAAGAGCCAGAUCACUGACUCAGAAUUACAUUUCCUGAAGGGAGAGUUGGAGAGUCUGAGAAACACUGAACACGAGCUGGAGACUCUUCAGAGCGAGGUGGAUGAAGACACCACAGAGGUCAUCCCUUCAGCAGUGUACGUGGCUCAGGUGUACUACAUAAUAACUAAGAUCAAGUGGGAAUAUGAUACACCACCCAACAUCUUAAAAGGAGUGCACUACGGCGCAGACCUGGCAACUCCCAUCAACAUCGACACCUCUAUGAGAUCUCGGAGUGACGUGAGCGACCAGCUGUGGGGUUUUGUCAACACUGAUUGGUAGAUGAAGAACAGUGGUGUUGUCAGAACUUAUGUGUACAUUAUGUAUUUGUUUGUAUGUUUUAUAUAACAUUUAAAUCAUUUAACGAUUAAACGUCUCGGACCAGUGGCGUAGUA